UGUCUACUUGGACAUGCACGUAUAGCUUGGUUAAGGUGGUUUUUCUUUUUAUUAUUCAAAGAUAUCGGAGCAAAUAUGACGGAGGAAACGCAACAGUCGACUGAAACGUCAGUAACGACUCAACAAACCGAUCAAAAUAUUACAAACGUCGCUUCGGAAAGUAGUAAAAUUAAAGAAGGAAAAAAAGAGAAAUGCCGACCCAUGACGAAGGUUGUCAUUCGACGAUUACCCCCAACUAUGACACAAGAACAGUUUUUAGAACAAGUUUCUCCAUUGCCGGAAUAUAAUUAUAUGUACUUUGCAAAAGCAGAUAUGUCGUUGGGACAGUAUGCUUAUUCCAGAGCAUACAUUGAUUUCAUCGAUCAGCAAGAUAUUUUUGGAUUUCGUGAAAAGUUUGAUAAUUAUGUUUUUGUGGAUGUUAAGGGUAUGGAAUUUGCAGCUGUAGUCGAGUAUGCGCCAUUUCAAAGAGUACCAAAGAAAAGAGUGGGGAAAAAAAAAGAUCUAAAAUGUGGAACUAUCGAGAGCGAUUCGUAUUAUAUGACCUUUUUAGAAAGUUUGAAAAAUCAGGAGGUGGAUGCAACAAAUAUUCAACCAAAAACUGAGUAUUCAUUUCAACUGUCAGAGCAUACACCCAAGAGGGUGACAACAACGCCACUUUUAGAUUUCUUAAAACAAAGAAAACAAGAAAAACAACGCCUUAGAGAUGAGAAGCGCGAAGAAAAGCGUCGACGAGAUUUAGAUAGAAAAAGAAGUAAAGACGAGCCGAUGGUAUCUAAAGUUUUAAAAAACAUUGAAGAUAGAGAAAGGGACAAAGACAGGGAGAUAAACAGAGAAAAUAAAGAAAAUAAGGAUGAUAAAGAGAGAAUGCUAUUGAAGGACAUGAAAAAUCGAAAUAAAAAGGAUGAUAGGUAUCGAGAUAAAUUGAGCAGAGAUCGAGAUAUCAAGCUUUCAACGAAAAAUUUCAGAGAUCGUGAUGAUAGAAUUAAAGAAAGGGACAUAAAACAAAAUAAGAAACUGGAGGAUAAAAAGUUUUAUAUCAAAAAAGAUGAACGUGAAAGUCAUUUGAAGGACGAUCGAAUUUAUGAUAAAGAGGAAAUAAACUACAGGGAUCGUAAAAUGGAAGAAAAGCGUGGCAAAAGUUACGAAAAAAUGCGUCAGGAGAAAAAGAGAUUAGCUGAAAUACAAAAGAAACAAACUAUAGAGUCAGCUUUUAAAGAUUUUGAUGAAAGUUAUGGUAAUGCAGAUGAUAACGAAGGUAGAGACGAUGAAGACAUGUGUAUGCUAAAUUCAUUAGAGAAAGGCGAUAAUGAGUAUAAAAGUAAAUAUAAAAAUCGGAUAGCCAUUGACGGUGCGAAAAAUGAUGACGCAUCGACAAACAAUGAGGAAUCGAGUGAAAUAUCUCGUGUAAGUACAACAGAAAUAGUUCUGAUUACAGAAGAAGCAGAUUCGUACAGUAGUAAGGAUAUAUCAGAUAGGAAACUCGAAGAUGUUUGCGAGCGUCUUACACAGUCAAUUAGCGAAGAAGACAAUGAUAAAGAUGUUGUACAUGAAAGAGAGUCUGAGGAGUUAGUUGAUAAAAAAAGUUCAGCAAAAUGCCGAAUAACGAAGAGACGUAGUUCGUUAGAAAGCGGAGGAGAAAACGGAACAGGAGUAAAAGUUAGCGGAAGCAGUGGCUCGGGUGGUGGUAGUGAUGCAGAUAGUCGUGAUCACGAUGGUACCUGCCUACGGCGUCACAAAUCCUUGGAUGGAGGAAAUGAAAAUAAUUUGCAGAAGACUGAACCGGGUGAUAAGGAGAAAGAUAAGAAAGAUCCGCGAUUAGAACGGAGGAUUAGAAAUAAGGAUCGGCCAACAAUGGAAAUAUACAGGCCAGGAAUGGGCAAAUUCAGCAAACAGCGCAUGGAGCGUGAAAAAGGAAACGAAGAACGUGGAACCCCCUCACAAAGUCCAACCCCCAGUGGAAAUCAAAUUACGUAUAAAUCUAAUAAACCAAGUGGCUCUGAAGUUCGCUCAAUGACCUUUAAAAGAAGCGUUAGUCGUGAUAUAUCGUAAUCAAUGUAAUUAUGUGCGUUUGGAGUAACGGACAUAACUUACGUAAUCUGUUUCGUAUUUUUACUUGAUAAACUGGAGUUGAUUCACUCUUCUGUAUAAAAAGGACUGUGCAAAUUAUUGACGACUUAUGUGUCAAUAAUAUCUCCAAUAAUCAUUGCGUGAAAGGACUUGCUCGUUUUUACUAUAAUGUGUUUUUCAUUGUAAUCUUAUUAUUACAAAAGCUUAGUAUUGGGUAAGUUUUAUGAGGAGCGAAUAAAUGUGAAACAUAAGAAGAACGUAUAGUCGACUUGUGAAUGCUUAGUUUUGUGAAAAACAAAUUCUUUAUUUGUUUAUGCCCCUUUAAAAUUCUUCUGACUUUCCAG